AUGAUGCUGUUGUCGCAAUCUGUUUGCUCGGUCUUGCUAGCCGCAAGCUUUCUCUUCGGCAAAGGGCACGGAAGAGAAGUUAUCGGGUACCGAACGGUUUCUCCCUGGGAGACCGGUGAAACCAACCAAAACUUAAGGCCGGUUAGAAAUCCAAAUUUCGAUCGGAAACGCGAAAAGUAUAAUGUGUUAGGGUCUGGCUACUAUAUGGUAAACAAACCUGGUGGCUGGGAACCAACUCCGCCUUGGUGGAAUGGUGCUAGGCCGCAGUACUGUGUUAUCGAAGCGGAUAUGGACAAGGUUAGAAAGGUCCCGAAGAUAUGGAUCCCAGAAUCUUACUCGGCAAAAUCGGGCGGUGGUUCAAGGGCGCCCCGAAAGCGGUUAUGGACUUAUAUGACUAAAAACGACGAUGCGAUUAAUGAGUAUAUCAAGUCGAUGGGCGUGCGGAACCCGAAAAAAGCAUUUCGCUUUGCCUACAUGCCAGGUCCGAAGAAGGAACAUCAGAUGGUUAUCCCAACCGAGACGAUAAACAAUAACGAGUUAGAUUUCUGGGCUCAAUGCUUUCCCACAAAAGAACAGCUACUAGCACGUUCAGACAAAGAAGUUGAUUGGGACAGUUGGGGUAUCAUUGGAGAUCCUGACGGGGCGGCUCUGAUACCUCAAUCGGGCGAUUCCUCUAACGAAGGGGACAGGGGGAGCUGGCGGUGGUGGCCUAAUGGUAGUAGUAACAUGUACGCAGUACGUAGUAGUACAAAGGGAAAAACCAAACGUGGUACGUCGGUUUAG